AUUUAUUUAUUUUUUUAACCCUAUUUAGACAGUUUGGUUGGAUAAACAUUAUUGUGAACGGGUGAAAGCUUAGUCAUAAAUCCUUUUUUUUUAUUUUUUUAUUUUGCUUGCUGCUCCCUCUUCAUCCUCUUGUUAAGUGCACCAUAUGGCCUCACAGCCUGUAUCCCUGCGUACCAGAGCGCAGCGACAGAAACUCUGAAUCAUUGCUGACUUCUUCAUCAGAAAGAGCAAAGAUCCUCAUGCGGGAGCUUUUUCGGGAAACGUAUCAACAAUCGGCCAAGCCUUUUUCCCUUGAAUCCAUGAAGAUCAUUUAUUCUAACCUCAAUCCAAGUGUUUUACAGUGAGUGUUUGAUUUUAGGGGGUUGGACUGGUAAAGUGAGGGGCCAGGCAGGACAGAAGAUCUCUGCUUAAGAAACUGAAGAUCAUCUUUUUUCAGGGUGACAAUGAAGGAACACACAUCCGGGGCUAAUGUGGAAGAUCUGUUGAGGAAAUCGCAGAUGGAGUUACAGUGGAUCCAAAGACAACUGGCUUUGAUGGCAGCAAGAAACAAACACCAGCCUCACCUGUACACAAAGGGAAAGUUAAAGCAUGAGGUUUCACCACAUCAGGCUGCAGGACAUUCAACAGCCUACAGUGUGAACCGCUUCCGAAUGCUGGAGGAGAAAAACCGAGCUUUAAAGCAUCACCUGGCUACACUUUGCCAGGAGAAACAGCAUUACAGGAAACUGAAAGCAAAGCUUCAGGCGGCCUUGCGAGAGAAAAAUCAUCUGAACUUUGAGGUGAUCAAGCACCAGCUGAAGGCGUCCAAAUAUGACCAGGUCCAGUCUGACUAUGACCAGCUAAGACAAACCUUCACUGUAGUGAGUCAAGAAAGAGACACGGCCCAGCAGCAGAAGAGCCAGCUCCAAGUCAAAGUUGAUAACCUUGAACAUGUUCUAAAGCUUAUGCACGAGGCAGUGGAGCUGAAGCAGCAGCUGCAGACAGAGUAUGAGCAAACCUUUGUGGCCCUUCACACCAAGCAGAAGGAGAUCAAUCGGCUACAAAAGGCUUGGGUUCAAACUGACCAGGAGCAUGAGGAAGCUCUACACCUGUUAAAGGUCAAAGUUCGUGACCUGGAACAGGUAUGCAGGUCAUUCAGUGAGAACCUCAACCAGCUUCCCAACGAGCUGCUGGACUAUUAUUUACAAUCAGCACCUGUGGAGAUAAAAUCUGAUCUCAGCUGGAAGAACCAGAUCCAGUCCACACAACGAGAAACACUCCCACCCACCACUGCUGGAUUUGAAGCCCAAUCAAAGAAAGGACAAACCCAACCCCCAGAACUGCGAUCCAUCAAAUCCAGCCCUGUGGCAACAGAGCGCCCCAACAGCUCUUCCCAGUUUUCCCCAUCAGAGAUGGAGGAUGAGGCCAGUCCAUCACCAAGGUCCAAACCUCGCUACACCGGCCAGGUCCGCCUCUGCACUGCCCGUUACAGUUACAAUCCUUACGAUGGACCAAAUGAGCAUCCGGAAGCAGAGCUCCCCCUUGUGGCUGGAAAGUAUCUGUACGUGUACGGGGAAAUGGAUGAUGAUGGCUUCUAUGAAGGUGAGCUGCUGGAUGGCCAAAGAGGUCUGGUCCCUUCCAACUUUGUCGAGUUUGUCCAGGACAAAGAAAAGCCAACUGGGGAGGGCGGAAAUGAUCUGGGCCCUCUGGAACACACAUCCCUAGCAUUAGUGCCUGUGGAUGGUGGCACCUCCCAGGAUGGCCUCCUGGGCUCCAAUAAUGCCCUGGUACCAUACAGCAACGGAACAGGGGGAACCUUGGACCCUGAGGACCUUGCUGAAGAUGUUGUGCCUUACCCCCGGAAGAUCAACCUAAUCAAGCAGCUGGCACGAAGUGUCAUUGUGGCAUGGGAGCCUCCAGUAGUGCCUUUGGGCUGGGGAAACAUCACCGGGUACAAUGUUUUGGUAGAUGGCGAGAUACGUGCCAGCAUGCCGUACGGCAGUCGGACCAAGUGCUUAUUGGAGAAGCUGGAUCUGGACGCCUGCGUUUAUCGCGUGUCAGUGCAGAGUGCCACCGACCGCGGCUUGUCAGACGAGCUGCGCUGCACUUUGCUGGUAGGGGCCAAUGUGGUGGUGGCGCCAUACGGCCUACGGGUGGAUGACAUCCAGCAGGACACUGCCGAGCUCUCGUGGUUGCCCAGCAACAGUAACUAUGCUCACACUGUGUUCUUAGAUGGGGUGGAACAUGCUGUGGUAAAGUCGGGAAGGUAUAGACUGCGCUUCCAUAACCUGAAGCCUCUGACAGUGUACAAAGUGACGGUGGUGGCACAGCCCCACCAGAUGCCAUGGCAACUACCUCUAGAGCAGCGAGAGAGGAAGGAAGCUGGAGUGGAAUUUUGCACACAGGCAGCAGGUCCAACACCUUUUUUCAUACAAGGCCCACCGCUGCCUCCACAUGAUGUUCAGGUGCUCUGUGGGCAAGGCCAGGGGGUCUUACAGGUCCGCUGGAAGCCUCCCAUGCUCUCUUCCACAGGCACGUCUAAUGGGGCAAAUGUCAUUGGCUACGCAGUCUGCACUAAAGGACAAAGAAUAGCGGAAGUGUUGUUCCCCAUGGCAGAUUACGUUACUGUUGAACUGUCGAGGAUUCAAUGCCUGGAGGCCAGGGAAGUCAUCGUGAGGACGCUGUCACUGCAGGGAGAAUCCCAGGACUCACAUGUCGCCGUCAUUCCAAACAACCUGCUUGUGCCUCUACCACCAAUUGCCCUGCCUCCACCAAUGCACCCUCGUGCGGGCCCCCCUCCCCAACCCCAUCCACAAGCUCACCUUCAAUCCCCUCACCUCCCUCACCCAACACCCCAGCACCCUGCUCUACCCCAUCCACAGCCACUCCCACCCAAUGCCCCGAAUCCUCAAACCCAUCCCCGACUUCCCCAUCCAUGUGGACCCUCGCAGCCUCAACUGCACCCCCAUCCUCAGCCCCAACACCCUCAGCCCCCCCACCCAGGUCCCAGACCCCACCACCUACUUCCUCUGUUGCCACACCCCCAUCCCCACCCUGUACCUCAAAGACCAAUAAGUGCCAGAGACCUAAAUGCCAAAGAGCACACAGUCCACCAUGGAGGAGCCCUCCCACCAGGCCAACCUGGCUGGGACCCAAUGCGAUCUCCUUCACAGCCUCCUGUGCCCAUGCAAGGCCACACCCUCGAAGCUCCACCCCAAGCCAAUUUGCGAUCCCCCUCCCCACAAAGAAUCCUUCCUCAACCAAGAGGUACGCUCAUUCCAGACACCGUGGCAAAAGCAAUUGCUCGGGAAGCAGCGCAGAGAGUGGCCGCAGAAGGUGGCAAGGGCACCAGGAAACAUGAGAGGUAUGGGGACCAGGGUCAUUCCUUUCACCAGCAUCAUUCUGAUGAGGAAGAAGAAGAUGAGGAAGGUUUUUCUCGAGGUCGUAGGAGAGGACCGUCAGUUGAUGAGUUCCUCAGAGGCUCUGAGCUGGGGAGGCCGCUUCACUAUAGUCACAAUGAAGAAUAUCACAGCGAAAGCAGCCGGGGCUCUGACCUGUCUGACAUCAUGGAAGAGGAUGAGGAGGAGCUUUACUCUGAGAUGCAGCUGGAAGAGGGACGUCGACGCAACUCACACAAUACACCCAAGAGUAACACUUCAGGAGGAGGUCAUCAUGACCGAGAAGGUGGGAGACAAAUGCAUCAUGGUGGACCCCACCCUCAAAGGAGACCCCUGAUGGUCCCCUCCAUCGAAGUAACUACUGAGAAUAAUAGUGAGAGAAACCACUCCCCCACCAUCGAGGAUGUUAACUGUGGCAGAGUAGCUCGGCACAGGAAGUGGGCAUCCCGCAGGCACACUGGCUGCAUCAGGCCUCGCCAUGAUGGCUACAGGGAUCGGGACCGCCGAUCUCCCACGUACUAUGAGGAAUCGGAGCCUGAGGAGCCCUUUCGGAUCUUUGUGGCUCUCUUUGACUACGAUCCUCUGUCCAUGUCCCCCAACCCAGAUGCAGCUGAUGAAGAACUCCCAUUCAAAGAGGGACAGAUUAUAAGGGUUUAUGGUGAUAAAGACACUGACGGCUUUUACAGAGGAGAAAUAAGAGGCAGAAUGGGUCUGAUUCCUUGUAACAUGGUGUCAGAGAUCCGAGCCGAUGAUGACGAGACCAUGGAGGAGCUCAUCAAACAGGGCUUUCUGCCUCUUUGCACCCCAGUGGACAGAAUAGAGCAGAACAGGCGAGGCCUUCGUCGAGAUCAAGCUUCGAGGAGGAUGGUGGCUCUGUAUGACUAUGACCCCAGGGAGAGCUCCCCCAACGUUGAUGUUGAGGCUGAGCUGACGUUCUGUGCCGGUGACAUCAUUGCUGUGUUUGGAGACAUUGAUGAAGAUGGGUUUUAUUAUGGGGAGCUCAAUGGCCAUCGUGGAUUGGUUCCCUCUAACUUUUUGGAAGAAGUGCCUGACGACGUGGAGGUGUAUCUCACUGAUACACCAUCCCAACACCCCCAGGAAGGGCCCACCAACCGCUCCAACACCAACUCUGCCACCACUGUACCGGAGGGAAAACGGGCCGCCCCAGAAACCAACGACACAGCCAACAACAUCUCUAUCCCCGUCCGGGCACCGUCUCCCAUCAUUCGCCCUCUCCUCCCCGGGACCAUGAGACCCCUCAGCCCCUCGAGGAGUUCCCAUAUCCCACGGGACCCCAGGGACUCCCAAGAUCUGGCAAACAAGAAGAAGAAGGGUCUUCUUUCCAAGGGAAAGAAACUGCUGAAGAGGCUCUCCCCAGUGAAAUAAAAACGUACAAGUUAAAAGAAACGUACGUUACUUGCCAUCUAUUACAUUGAAUUCUGAUUUAACAACCCCUGAUUGAGGACAGGAGCUUUGUCUUCUGAAUUUGGUGAGUUCAACACGUCCAGGAUCAGCGUAGUCAGCCAGCUGAAUGGUUAGAACCGGCAAUUCUCUGUAACCUGCAUCUGUGUGGUCAUCAACAGAUACAAAUCACAUAUGUUUUGUAUAGUGCUGUGCCAAAAUCAAGACUUUCAAACUCAAACAUAUAUAUUACUGUGAUCUAUUUUAAAUAAAGUUAUUUUAAAUGAAAAAAGCAAACAAAAACUAGGAUUUUCAUGACAGGAUCUUUCAUAUUUUCUUUAUUAUAGGGCAAAAAAGAGACAAAUAUUUAAAGCAGGGCAGUUGUAAAGAUGAAUUUCUGUUUUUCAAAAGCUUUUUUCCUGCAUUUUCAUGGAGGUGUUGUUAUCCUCUGCAAAACAAUAGGCUACACUGUUAUGUUGCAUUCUAUAAAGCAACACUUGGCUGCUAAAUGAAUCUUUUUCAGUGCAAUACUGUUGGGUUGGUGGUAGCAUCUGUAGGGAGAAUAGAGACAAAUUAGAUGCUACUGUUAAGAAGCUAAGAGUUUUACCAUUCCGGAUUGGGGCAUUAAAGCUUUGCAGACUCAGUGGCCUUUUAUAAAUUUGAACAACGACAUUGCUAACUAGCCUUGUCACCUUGAAGAAUCAAGUCAGUAACAUUUGUUGUCUUGGCUGUCAUGAAACGCCUAGUUUGAGCCAAAUUUUUGUGUCUAUCUUCCUGUUGCACAAAAGUGGGUGUUUUGUCUGAUGACUGAUUUAAACAAAAUAAAAUAAAAAAAGAGAAGUUUGCGUGCCUGUGCAAAUGUAUGGCAGUGUGUGGUGCAUUAUUGAUUUGCACUUUAUUUUUAAUCCACUUUUUUUGUCUGAUUUUUUCUUUCUUUUUUGUAAAAGAGAGAGGUCAUAGAAAUAACGGUCUUGUGAUCUGUUGUGACGUGCUGCUACUUACUUCCAUUGCCAUUGCAACGUUUUGUUUUUGUUGCCUCAUGCAUAUAUGGAACACAAAGAAGCCUAAAAAUCUAUUAAUCAAAAUGUCAACGCCUGCAUUGUUGUCUGAUUUUUGUUUGUGGAGAAUUAUUGCUUGAAUUUGAGUUCUGCUUGCACUUAAAAGUACACAAGGACUGCUAUGUACACAUUUAGUGAGUGUUAAAGGCUUAUUUAUGUGUGAUCAUUACAUAGGACUCUGUUAUCUGACCUCUUUUUUAUGUCACACUUCUGUAAUUGAAAUAUUGACAAAUUGAUGCUGAAAAGCUCCAACUGAUUUUUGUAAGCUGCUUCACAUUUCAGCAAAAUGGUUUCACAUGAGUUUAUUUUCUGUAUAUUAAUAAUCAGAAUUAACAAAUAGAAUUUAAGUGCUUCUUCUGUCAUAAAUGAAUUCCUGACUUUUUAUUAAAACAAAGUCAAAGCAAUCAAAUUCAUUAAAAAAAAAACCUUGAAAUGAAGAGGAAAAAUUACGAUAAUUUCUUUCUCCUUUACUUUUUUUGAGGGCAAAAAACAAACUGAGCCUGACUUCAUUUCCUGCAGCGAUUCUCUUAUUUUAGGAUGGAGUUAAAAAAGGUUCUAGAAAUUGUGACUCUGCAUGCAACACAUUUGUGAACUGAGACUAUUGGAAGUGAUCUAGAGCUAAAAUACCUGCAUCUAACAUAGCUUUAAUACAUUUCAUUUCAGUUUCUGAUGAUUUUGAAAUGUUUUUUCUUUUCCAUGUAUCUGGUCUUUUUGUGAGGUUGCACUUAAAAGAGGAUCAAACUGUUUUUUGGUGUGAAACAGGGUUCCAAUUUUGAAUCGACAUGUUUGACAUGUUUGCUCAUAAAAAGUGGCAAAAUUCUGGAAAAAGUUGCUUCUUUACACUUUGCUGUCAUUUCAUAUGUCGUAUAUUGUUUAUUACAAAACUGGUGUCCUCAAAACCAAAUCCUUCACCUGUAACUGGAUGUAGUGUCUCUCCUUCUAGCUCUUUUGUACUUUAAUCCAUUUGUAGACAUUUUCUAAACGUUUCUACUUGACUUUCUGAACGCCUUUUUAUUUUAGUGCACUGAGAUUUCCUCUCCGUGAGCAUUCAUGGUGUCCUUUCAGAUCAGAUGUGUCAGUCCACCACAUGUGCUUCCUUUCUGAAUCAAAGAUUAAGAAAAGGAAAAGAAAAAAAAAACAUAGAAAAGACUCACCAUUGUAUGAUAAUUUAAGAUGAUUACUGUAACUAUUUGUGAGUGUGCAUGUGAAAAUACCGAACUUUUGUAAUCAAAUUAAAUUUGAUAUUUUUUAGAAAAAUCCAUGAA